AUGGCUCCACAUCGUGUUCUCUACAAUGCUUUGUGCAAAGUAGGGGAUAGAGUGGUGUACCCGGUAUUGCCCUCAUUCGCGAAACCUGCGUGGAACCAUCCAGCUGGGCCAAAAACGGUCUUUUUCUGGGCUCCAACCAUCAAAUGGGCAUUAAUUGCUGCUGGAUUAGCUGAUCUUGCCAGACCAGCUAACAAGCUGUCAGUGUCGCAGAAUAGCGCACUUUGCGCUACUGGAGCCAUCUGGACCCGCUAUUGUCUCGUUAUCACUCCGCGCAUUACAGAUAUUCUCAUCCCAAUUGGGAACAUGAACAUCAUCACAGACAUCUUGAAGAAUCAUACCCUUCUCACGCUUAAAUUAUGUUUAUUCGAAUUCAUACCUUCGGUACUCUUUAUCUCUCCCUUUCUGACGAUUACGAAAAUGAGUGUGGCUCCUCUCAACUCUACCGUAAUUGUCCCAGAAGAUGGCAUGGGACCUGUUCUAGUUCUUACCAAGUACGCCACCAUUUUGAAAUGCUCCGGUCUCCUCAACGGUCCAUUUAUUGCCGUACCAUCCGAGCUGGAGACAACAGUGAAAAGAAUUUGGCCGUCCGGUUUCGAAUGGAUCGUGUACAAAUCCCGACCGGUGUAUAGGAUUACUCCAGAAUUUUGUCGUGCGAUUUCCGAUGGAGCUGUGGCAGCGAUUCUUCCGCUGUCCGAAGGGAACAAAUUUGCGUACGCAGCGGCAGCGUUUAUAGAAAGCGUGGCGAGAAAAAGCGCUAUUCCAUCCGUACGUUUCGAUGAACGUCCGCUAAAAGAUCCAGGACAUGCGAUUUCGUUGGUGGCUCCGUUCGAUGCACGAUCUGAUGCUGUGGUUACUUUCAUUCGACGAGAGGGUUGGGAAGAUGUUGUGCUGCUUUACAAUACUGACGAUGAAUUCAUCGAUCUCACUCGAAUUAUUUCGGCCAGCAAUUUUGGGAAACCAUAUCGUUGUCAUCUUGUGAAAUUACCGAGUGAUGUUCGUCCUGGAUUGAAACAUGUGAAAAAUACUUACGCUAAUCCACGUUUCGUUGUUCACAUGGCGCUGGGAAAAAUUCCGCCAUUGUUGGCGGCAGCUGCUGAAUUCGGUCUCUGCGGAACAAUGAAUCAUUAUGUAAUGUUACAUUGGCUCCUUGACGCAGUAUGGAAAGAUACUCUUAGCGUGCUUAAUUCAUCGUUAUCCACUGUCCAUUAUAACGGUCGUCCGAAAUGUGAGAUGUCGUGGAUUGAUGGAGCGGCGAUCACGAAAGCGAUGUUUGAUGUCAACACCACUGGAAUUACUGGAAGAAUCACUGUAAAUCAUUGGGGAACACGUACAAACUUCACAAUUCAUAUAAAUAAGAAGAAAGGUCGACAGUUGCAUAAAUACGCUGAAUGGUCUAGUUCAUCUGGUCAGAUUACUACUCCGAAUGCUAUGGAGGCAAAGAGUUCGUUACCUCUGAGUCAACGAGAGACACUUGAGAACAAAACGCUCAAAGUAUCAGUUUACCUGGAAGCUCCGUUUGUGAUGCAGCGCGAGAAUUCAAACCAGGAUUCCGCUGGAGAUGACAAAUAUGAAGGAUAUUGUAUCGAUUUGCUUAAGAAAAUUGCUAAACAGGCUAAAUUCAACUAUACAAUUCAUGAAGUCAAAGACAAAGCGUACGGGAUUCGUGAGGAUAAUGGGAAAUGGAAUGGAAUGGUUGGUGAGCUGAUGAACGGGGAAGCUGACCUUGCCGUCGCCUCGCUAACUAUAACCUAUAGUCGUAGUGAAGUGAUCGAUUUCACUGUUCCAUAUAUGCAUCUGGGAAUAUCGAUUCUUUUCAAGAAACCACAAACUGCAGAAUCGGAUUGGUUUAUGUUUCUUUGGCCGCUUAGUUGGGAAGUAUGGUUGUGCACAUUCGCUUCCUACCUGGUCACCUCUAUCGCUCUAUGGCUUAAUUCGAAGAUAAGUCCAUUCGAAAAAUUGGAACGUAACAAUGAAACGGGACAUUGGGACAAGGUGGACAAUCAGUUCAGUUUUCGUAAUGCAUGCUGGUUCACCGUCAGUUCAUUGAUGCAACAGGGUUGUGAACUGUCCCCAAGGGCACCGAGCACUCGAGUCGCCACAGCUGUUUGGUGGUUUUUCGCCCUGAUUCUGAUUUCAUCGUACACGGCCAACUUGGCCGCUUUCCUGACCACUCAGCGAAUGGAUUCAAAAAUAGAUACCUACGAAAGAAUGUGGAAACUGAUGUCCAGCAAUCCUAGCCUAUUUGUGAGCUCAUCGAAAGAAGGAAUCGCUCGAGUGAAGAGCUCCGAUUAUGCCUAUUUAAUGGAGUCAUCGAUGCUCGAAUAUGCUGUAGAACGUGACUGUGAACUCAUGCAAAUUGGUGGCCUUCUUGACCAGAAAGGUUACGGUAUUGGUUUACCGAAAGGUGAGAAAUUUCUCAAUUGGAACCAUGAGUGA